AUGGAACUGGCACCGAUGAGUCUCGAUUACACUCAGAUCUUCGAUUCAUGGCCUCAACCUCCUCCUCACAAUCUUCAACAACCUCCGGAGCCUUCUGUAACCGCCUUGAUGGACUCCCUACGGCGAGACAGCAAACCCGAGUUCGUCUCCCGCGCGAAACGCGUCUUCCUAGGUCAAGACUCGGAGCGCGAGCGAGGCGAGGCGCUCAAGCUUCUCGCCGCCUGCUGCGGCUGCGAUUCCGUCGGCUGCGCUUCGGCCAUCUUCAACGGAGACAUCGGAUCGGUUCCGUACAUCAACGACGCGGCGGAGGAUACGGGACUCUCGCCGCUGCACGCGGCGGCCGAGGCUAACGCGCCGAGGUGCGUGGAGAUGCUUAUUAAGCGACGCGCUCGUACGGAUAUGAGGAGUAAAGACGGACGCGCUUUGCUUCCUCUGGAGCUUUCUCUCUGCAGCGGAAGCAUGGAUGUGACCUGGGAUCCAAGUGCUGACUCUCUUGGAGACUUGAUCCUUCUUCUUGGUGACAAGGUUAAACACUAG